GCUAUAUUCUUCGGUUCAAAUGGUGGAUGCGGUUGUCAGUCACAGCCAGCUUGCCCACCUGCACCAGUCUGCGCCCCUCCACCCCCUCCUCCAGUUUGUGCUCCAUCAUGUGGAGGACAAAGCUACGAGUCUGCUCCUGCCUACUACUCAGCUCAGAUUCAGCAAACACAGCCUAUUUUUUCUUAUAAUGUAGAGUGA